AUGCGCGUUAUUUGGAAGGGUGACAUGACCAAGCUUGCUGACGUUGUCAUGCUCCAAAUGGUCCUUGAUAACGCGCAUACCUGGGCCACACGAACUUUUAAACCUUUGAUGGCUUCGUACAUCGAACAGUGGCAGUAUGUAUUCGAUGAGUCAAUUACCGGCGGAACUCUAGGUCAUAGCUCGGCGUUCUUUCUGUCCAAGAAACGUCGCGAAAAGACAGUUGAGCAGCGACGAGCCAUUGUCCCGAUGGUCCAAGGCCUGAUAGAUGACCAAGACACCAUGGAGCUUGACGACAUGGCCAACAAGAGGGUGACUCCUUUACUUUUAGGCUUAAUGAUGCAUCAAAUCUGCUCCCUAGAGAAGGAGCUUAUAGCCAGUGAAGUUGAUAGAGUUGUGUCUCAGAGAUUAGAGGGGCUGUCCAUGAGGGGAGUGGCGUCUGGAAUGCAGUAUAGUUCCCAAGGAGCACAGAGCGCCCGAUCUCGAGCACACUCUAACCGCUAUUCUGACCGCCAAGAAUCGAUUUUCGGCUCGCGUCAAACCAGUCAAUACUUGCCACUUGACAACGAUGAUCCGAACGAUUCUGACUACAGACCGUCACAAGAUUCUCCAGUUUCUAUUCAAACAACAUCCUUUCUGGAUCUUAUACGUCCUGAUUCGAUUACUCCAGAUACCUUACCUUCAACCUAUGAGUUUUCUUUCCAUAGCUCGGCGCGGGCUAUCUCAAAAGGUUCGGAAGCCCAGCCAUCAAGAUCAAACGAAGAUCGUCUCUUAGAUAGCCCCGAUGGAAAUGGGCGGGAGUCUCCAUUUAGUUCUGGGGGGCAGGUUACUCCAAAGCCGAGUUCCUCAACGCUGGUCUCCGGGCUUUUGUCCUCCUCGGAUGAAGACGUAUCUCAAGGGAUAUCUAAGGGAACUACACCUUCUGGGUUACCGGUCAUCACUGAUCCAUUCUCACUUGAAAGGCGGGGACAGCAACUUGGUCAGCCGAAGCUUCAACACCCUCAUGGUCCUAUGGAAGAUUCUAGCGAGAAGAGUCAAUUUCAGGACGCAGAUCAAGAUGAGAGCGACUACAUUGAUUUGACAGAAGACAGCCAGGAAGGUACUUCGUAA